AUAAGGUGUCAGGAUGUCACUGUCUAUUUCUCCAUGGAGGAGUGGGAGUAUAUAGAAGGACACAAGGAUCUGUACAAGGAGGCCAUGAUGGAGGAGCACCAGCCUCUUAUAUCACAAGAGAAUCCCAGUAAGAAUUCUAAGGAAAACGUCAUGUUAUCAAUAAAUUAUAAAAUAGAAGAGGAAGAUAUCAUGCAGCUCUCUUCAGGAGAAAACAGGAUUACCCUUAAUAUACAGCCAAGAUUUCAAAGUACAGAUCUGUCAUAUAAUCCCCCUAAUCACGAGAAAUCUUCUCCUGACCAAUCACAGAUUGUUACACCAAGUACAAGUGAGCAACGCGGUAAAAGAAAUGCUAAAGAGUUCAUAACGAAAUCAAGUCUUUCUACACGCAGAAGAAUUCAAACGGUGCAGAAACCAUACUCGUGUUCUAAAUGUGGGAAGUGCUUUUUGAAAAAAAAACAUCUUAUUAUACAUGAGAGGGAUCACAUAGGAGAGAAGCCAUAUUCAUGUUCAGAAUAUGGGAAAUGUUUUACAGAUGAAUCAAGUCAUGUUAGACAUGACAGAAUUCACACAGGAGAGAAGUCAUAUUCGUGUACAGAAUAUAAGAUAUGUUUUAUAGAUGAAUCGAGUCUUGUUAGACAUGAAAGAAUUCACACAGGAGCUAAGCCAUACUCAUGUUCAGAAUGUGGGAAAUGCUUUAAAUAUAAAUCACGUCUUGUUAAACAUGAGAGAAGUCACACAGGAGAGAAACCAUAUUCAUGUUCAGAAUGUUCGAAACGUUUUACACAAAAAUCACAUCUUGUUAAACAUUGUAGAAGUCACACAGGAGAGAAGCCAUUUUCAUGUUCAGAAUGCGGGAAAUGUUUUACAAAUAAAUCAAGUCUUGUUACACAUAUUAGAAUUCACACAGGAGAGAAGCCAUAUUCGUGUUCAGAAUGUGGGAAAAGUUUUAUAGAUAAAUCACAUCUUGUUAAACAUGAGAGAAAUCACACAGGACAGAAACCAUAUUCAUGUUCAGAAUGUGGGAAAUGUUUUACAGAUAAAUCAAUUCUUGUUAGACAUAAGAGAAUUCAUGCAGGAGAGAAGCCAUAUUCAUGUUCAGAAUGUGGAAAAUAUUUUACAUAUGAAUCAAGUCUUGUUAGACAUGAGAGAAUUCACACAGGAGAGAAGCCAUAUUCAUGUUCAGAAUGUGGGAAGUGCUUUACAGUAAAAUCACUUCUUGUUACACAUCAAAGAAUUCACACAGGAGAGAAGCCAUAUUCAUGUUCAGAAUGUGGAAAAUGUUUUACAGAGAAAUCAUGUCUUGUUAAGCAUGAGAUACGUCACAAAGGAGAGAAGCCAUAUUCAUGUUUAGAAUGUGGAAAAUGUUUUACGCAAAAAUCUUAUCUUGAUACACAUAACAGAAGUCACACAGGAGAAAAGCCAUAUUCAUGUUCACAAUGUGGAAAAUGUUUUGCACAAAAAACACAACUUGUUAAACAUGACAGAAGUCACACAGGAGAGAAGCCAUAUUCAUGUUCAGAAUGUGGGAAAUGUUUUACAGAUAAAUCGCAUGUUGUUAGACAUGAGAAAAUUCAUAGAGGAGAGAAGCCAUAUUCAUGUUCAGAAUGCGGGAAAUGUUUUACAGAGAAAUCCAAUCUUGUUAAACAUGAGAGUUGUCAUAAAGGAGAAAAGCCAUAUUCAUGUUCAGAAUGUGGCAAAUGUUUUACACAGAAAUCACAUCUUGUUAAACAUGACAGAAGUCACACAGGAGAGAAGCAAUAUUCGUGUUCAGAAUGUGGGAAAUUGUUUACACAAAAAUCACAUCUUCUUAAACAUGACAGAAGUCACACAGGGGAGAAGCCAUAUUCAUGUUCAAAAUGUGGGAAAUGUUUUAUAGAUAAAUCACACCUUGUUAGACAUGAGAAAAUUCACACAGGAGAGAAUCCAUAUUCAUGUUCAGCAUGUGGAUAAUAGUUUACAGAUCAAUCAAGUCUUGUUAGACAUGAGAGAAUUUACCAAGGAAAGAAGCCAUAUUCAGUAAGUUUUGUUAGACAUAAGAAAAUACACAAGAGCAACAGUUAUAUAGCUGUGUACAGUAAAUCCAAACAAUAUCUUUGUGGGAUUCACGUGUUUCAUUUCAGGUUGUAUAUUUGGAUUUAAAAGCUCCAUUGAUACCAUGUGAUUGCUUCUAGGAAUCAUCUGAUAAAUUCUGUAUAGAAAGAUAUGUAUUUUUAAUGACAUAUUUUAAGUCUUACAGUUAAAGGGGUUCUCUGGGAUUUUCAUAUUGAUUGCCUUUCCUCAGGAUAGGUUAUCAAUAGGAGAUCAGCUGUAUGAAGAGGCCACAGUGGUUCAUGAGCGCUUAGGCCUCUUCCUAGGCCAUGUGACAUUACAUUCAUCAGUUGUAUGGCUUUGGGGCAAUUCUGCCCCAUUAAAGUGAAUGGGGCUCAGCUGAGAUACCAAACACAGCCGCUAUCCAAUGGAUGACACUGUGCUUGGUAAGCUAUGAGGGGGCCGUGGUGCCCACUAGAGCUCCUGUGAGCACCACAGGUUUCUCAAACAGCUGAUCAGGAAGGGUGCCGUGAGUCUGGCCCCUGCUGAUCUCAUAUUGAUGACCUAUCCUGAGAAUAUGCCAUCAAUAUGAAAAUCCCAAAGAACAUCUUUUUAAAGUUGUAUUCUUACCUCAGAUAUUUAUUGCAUAUCCACAGGCUGAGAGGGGUAGCCUGGUUUACACAUACCCAAGCUCACUGUUCUACGCUGUUUCUUCAACUCCCAUUCACAACUAUGGGCAUCACAACUGUAGGGCAGGGACUUUGGCUGUUUUUGUAAACCGAAC